UCCGUUAUCAGACCAUGCUGUUAUUUAGCCUCGAUCCAGGUGUGUAGUCAGAUGUGAUUUUUUUUUCUCGAAAUUCUUGGUUUUUUUGCUCCAUUUUCCCCAAUUGAUAGUAAAUUACUGCAACAUGGAAUUGUCUCCUGAACAUCUGAAACAACUGCGUUCUUUCGUAGAAGCAUGCAAACAAAAUUCCAACCUUUUAUAUCUGCCAAAUUUGGAAUUUUUCCGUCGCUGGAUUGAAGAAAUGGGAGGAAAGAUCCCGGCCAAGACAGAGGAAGCCCCUAAAGCUCCUCCUCCGCAAGAAACUCCAACAGAAGCAGAAGCAGAGGAACCAAAACAAGAGGCAGCUGAAGAGAAUGUGUCCGAGGAAAGUGAAGAGAGUGAAAUUGAAUUGGAUGAUUCCGGUGUUGUUGAAGCUGACGAAGAUAUUGACCAAAGGUUUGGGGAUGAAACCCUGGAAAUUACCGACGAAAUGAUUGAACUGGCAAAUGACAAACGCAAUGAAGCUUUAGAUGCCAUGGCUAGCGGAGAUUACGAAAAAGCUAUUCAAUUAUUGACCGUUGCUAUCCAGAACAACCCAACAUCGGCCAACCAGUAUGCCAAGAGGGCCUCCGUCUUCAUCAAAAUGUUGAAACCUAACGCUGCAAUCAAAGACUGCGAGAAAGCCAUUCUACUCAACCCAGACUCAGCACAACCUUACAAAUGGCGAGGCAAGGCCCAAGGUUUGUUGGGGAAAUGGGAACAGGCUUACCAAGAUCUCUCUACUGCUUGUAAACUUGACUACGAUGACGAUGCUUACAAAAUGUUACAAGACGUCACCCCAAAUGCGAAAAAGAUCCAAGAACACAGGCGUAAGUAUGAAUUGAAACGUGAAAUGAAAGAAAUGAAACUGCGGAAAGAAAGAAUUCGUAAAGCCAGGGAGGAAUACGAAAAGGCUAAAGGUCAGUCUGGAUCAAGUGGCACAGGUGCUUCUACUGGAGGCGGGUUCGGCAUGCCCGGGGGUUUCCCUGGUUUCCCAGGAGCUGGUGGUCCAGGUAGUGGACCGGGUGGUAUCGAUAUAUCUCAACUACUCAGCGACCCUGAUAUUUGUUCAGCACUUCAAGAUCCAGAAAUAGCAGCAGCAUUCCAAGACGUCAGUUCCAAUCCAGCCAACAUAGGUAAAUAUCAAAAUAAUCCUAAAGUUCAAAAAGUGAUUAACAAACUUGCUGCUAAAUUCGGUGCCCCUAAUCCUCCUCAGGGGGGCAGUUUCUAAGACAGUAUCAAGCAGCUUGCAUGUUUAUCCUCCUCAUUUAGCUUGCAGUUGCAUUUGAGCUGUAAUAUUGAUUGAUAUUUCCUGCAAGUGAGCGAACUGUUGUAGUUCUGUCGCAGACAUUUUACUCCACUGAAGCUGUCAAUAUACAUAUAAAACAGUAAUUCCAGAGAACAAUCACUACAUGCUAGACAAAACGACCCCGAACUGCUGUUACAACACCCAAAUGUUGUACCUUAUUUGCAGUCGCUCACUUUAUCUCUCUCUCUCUCUCUCUCUCUCUUUCUCUCAACAACCUGUCCACCUCUUUGCUUUUGCCUUUCUCUCACAAAAGCCAUCCCCGUUUCAAUUCCAUACAAAAUACAUUCUACCAAUUUAUCUGUAUUUUUCUACUGUUUUAUUACUUUAAUUAACAUUGGUUUAUCUCAAAUCUUUGACCAACCACAAAAUAACUUUGGUUAAUUUAGAAGAUGAGGGGUUUUUUUUCUUUUUUAUAUUUGGGUCCUUUUUGUUCUGUCUCAAGCAUUAACGUAAAAUACUUUUUCCUAAGUUAUAGAUAUUCUGUCUUGAAAUAUUAAGAAACAUUUUCCUUUUUUUUUUAUAUUCGACUUGCUAGAAAUA